UUUCCAUCUCAGCAAGAAAAGAGAAUUUUUGCACGUACACCCCAGGCUGCAGAUGUUUGCUCAGUUUCCGCUCGUCACAAGCCAAAAGAAUUGAUCCCGUCGCUGCUCAUCGUUUCAAGUCAUAUUCACUUGAUCUGACCACUCUGAGCUAUUUCAUUCAGUUUAUACUUAUCAUCGUCAUGUUCAACUGGUUCAAAUUCAUGCUUUCCAUUCCUCGGGAGAAGCCGCUGACCAAAACAGAAAGAUUCACUCAGUGGUCCUGCUUACUCGCGUACGUCAUCGGAGGCGUUAGUAUCCUCUUCGCCCCCCAGCUUUGGGCUAUGAUAUUACGGUUGCCGGAACUUCAGGGCCGUUCUGAGGGGUACCUUCGCUUGGUGGGGCUUGGAGUAUUUGAGAUUGGUUUCAUUCUGUUGAUUGCAGCUCGCUCCAAUCAUAAGAUGUCCCAACACCAGGAAUGUCUGACCUCAGUUGUUGGUCGCCUGCUCUUUGUUGAUUCAAUAAUUACAAUGAUGAUCCUCAGAGGCAUGCUGCCUCUCUCUAUCGCCCUGUUUUUCAUGGUCCUUGAUUCGUUCCUCGCUCUCAUCACCCUAGUUCUUUGGUGCCGUGAAUCAAACAGAGCCUCGAUUGUUUCUUUCUUUAGAGAGAUCUCCACACCACUUCUACAGCCACGUAAACCCCUGACAGCUGGCUCUACGUUGGUCAUUUACCUCCUCGGGAUCGUCCAGUUAUUUUUCUGGCUUGUGUUUGUUGUCAGGCCUGAUUUUGCACAGCGGAUGUUCCAUUUGGAGGCGUUUCAGGGAUAUUCGGGAGGUUACCUGGCCUGUUACUUGUUCCUUACAUCCUUGCACGGCUUAUACCACGUGGUGGGUGCCAGCAAUGUCAAUCAUUGUUUAAGCCUCGCUUUCAUCAGCUACCGGGUUUUGAUCAACAUGCCAGUGUUUGUUAUUUUGUUUCUUGUUGAACAGAUCGAACGGAAUAUCUUUGUAGUUCUGAUGAGUUUCGAUGUGUUUUAUUCUGUUGUGAUAGCUAUUCCUGUGUGGCAAGAAAAGCGAUUCCAACCGAACAGCGAAAGUGAAGUGAUAGAAAUUUGACUGAUUUGCAGCUCGCUGCUGGAAAUUUUAAACAAAUGUUAAACUUUUGAAACAACAACGAGGAACCAAAAAUGGUGUGAGCUGCAUGGCAAUUUGUUAUAUCUUGUUGGCACUCUCUAGCUUCUUAGUAUAUAAACAGAUAAAGUGAAACCUGAAAACCCUCGGAAUCUUUGCUCUUGUCUCUUGUCAUCGAGAGUUUCGAUGUGUUCUCUUUGGUUAUGAUAGCUAUUCCUGUGUGGCAGGAAGAGCGAUUCCAAUGCAACACCAGUGAACUUUACCUCUAUUAAACGGUAGUUUUCAAUUCAUCAACGCUGAACUCAAACAUCGGGCAUGCGUAAGGAGAUCAAUUCUGGCCACCCGCGCGCCAAUUUCCCGCGCAAAAUUUCAAAACAACACAGGACACAGGUCAUUGCAGUUAUCACCAACCUCCUCAGGAAUUUUGCUUGGCAACCAUGGAGCCUCUAUUUUUCAAUACACUUUUAAUGCUCUGAAUCGUCUGUGCGUAAAACUGCAAACUUCAAAAACGGCGGUUUGCUUUUUAAGUGAUAAAAUCAAAACAACUGAAGUGUUUUUCACUGUUUGUAUCGGCAUUGGUUUGUUGUCAACAAGGCGUGGCGGCAACCUUGUAUUCAAGUGGUUCGGUUUCGUAACAACUGUUUUGGAAAUCGUUUCACGUAUUGUUAGUUGAAAGUCGCCGGUAAUUUGAAUAUUCUUUUCAAACUUUGCGUCGCCUAUCAGAGACGCCGGGCGAAAGAAAUGAUUCCAAGCCCCUUAAAAACCCGUAAAGAAUACCAUUCAUGAAAAAAACAAGCGUCGUUAUGGACAUAGUGAAGAACGUUAUCUCGCAGGGCGAAUCUCUCAGAACAGUUAAAAAGUUUCGAAGUAUCUAUGCUAAAUCUAAGUACCUCAUCAGACAGGGCAGAGUGUUUUUAAAAGCAAAAAAUCUUCAAGCAUGAUUUCUUUGUAAAAUGGGCAAAACUUAUUUAUGGGAGAUUGAUAAACCAAAGCCUAUUAUGAAUGUUGUUUUCGAGGCUAAAUUUGCAUUUAUUUCUCUUGGGUGGUAACUCACAAGCGGUCUGCCUAAAUGACCUCGCGGUAAAUUCUUGUCUUGUUCAACAAGUAUUCCGAUUCUCUCUUAUACUAGCUGUUUAGUUUGCCACAUUUUCGUGAGUUACUUUUAAGUUCUAAGUAAUUUGUGUUUAAUUAUAAGAAUCCGACAGUUAAAGGUUUAGAUUUGUUUGUAAAUCUAAGAGCACAAACACUAUGAAAUAAACAAUGAUAUAUGAAAAGAUUUUCUUUCAUGACCGAACCUUUCAAACAAACAAUAUGAAGACUUUCAUGACCGAACCUUUCAAACAAACAAUAUGAAGAAAAUCUAGUAAUAUUCUUCAAUGAACCCCGCACACACACGCAAUAUAGCACAUAUGACACCGCACUUUUCGAGUUAAUCUCCUAAUUUGGCACAAAAAAAAUUCUCUUUCUAUUGCAAAGAGUAGGCCUUGUUAUUGGCAA